AUGGUGGUCAAUAAAGGGUCUCUAUUUUCUUCCAUCUUUACCUUCGUUUCUCACUCUCCCAAAUUAUAUCCCACUUUUGUUUUAAUUCCUUUCUGCUUCUUGCUUCCAUUUUUUUUUCUUCUCGUGUCUUCAUUUCCCUCUCUCAGUUUCUAUAUCCGUCUCUCUCUUUCUCUCUCAAUUUCCAUAUUUAUUUCUCCCUCUUUACAUACUGUCUCCAUUCUCAUCUUCUCAUUUAAUUUCUCUUCCGCUCUCUUUUCACUCUCUUUAUAUUUUUACUCACCCUCUUUCUAUCUCCUCUUUAUUUUCCUAAAGGUCUCCCCAUAUAUCACUUCCGGUUUAACACUCGUUCAAUUUUUCUCUUCCCUUGUCUUUAUUUCCCUCUUUCAGUUUCUAUGUCCAUCUCUCUUUUUCUCUCUCAAAUUCUAUAUUCGUCUCUCCCUCUUUACACUUUUCCCCGCUCUCGCCUUUUCAUUUAAUUUUCCCUCCCACUCUCUUUUCAAUCCCUCUCUAUUUUUUAUUCACCCUCUUUCCAUCACUUUAUUUUCCUAA